AUGGCCGAAGAGUUCAUGGAGGACUAUGUGACCGUCAACGUGGGCGAGAUGAGUCAAAGAUCUCAGAGUCGGCGUACAGAACACAUUGUGUACGACUUUCUCAAUGAAGGUCGUUAUUCGGCGAGGAUUUUACCAGCAUCCGCUGCCGCCGGCAAUGGAGACAGCUACGUGUUCAGCUACGAACGGUGGAUCAACAAACGAGACGUCAGCUACGCCAGCAAAACUUUCCAGAAGGACCUGUACAGCGAACACAUUGUCACGGCUCGGCGAUCGGCAAGCGAAGUAGACGUCUACAGAAAAGACAACGAGAUCACCAUCACUGGACGUGCCGUGCCCAAACCAAUCUUGAGCUUCAGCGAAACGAACUUCCCCGACUGUGUUACGAAGGUCCUUCGAGCUCAGGGCCCUGACUCAUCGCCGAGCAGCGUGCAAGCCCAGUGCUGGCCAGUGGUUCUCAGUGGCCGAGACCUUCUUGCCGUCGUUCGAACCAGUUCGGAGAACAAGUUUCUGGCCUACGUGGUCCCGGCGCUCCUUCACGUUCUGAGUCAGGAUGCCGCACCAUACGGAGAUGGACCUAUUGUGUUAGUCUUGGCCUCAACGCGUGAGCUGGCACGCCAAGUCCAGGAGACUUUCUCCCUCUUCGAAAAGUAUUCGGGUGUUGGAACUGCUUGUUUCGUUUCAGGUGAGCCGAAGGAAAAGCAGCUAAAGAAGCUCGACGAAGGCUGCAAGGUGUGGAUCGUGACUCCAGGUCGCCUCGUCGCUCUCAUGGAGGAAUGCAAGGUGACCAUUCGGCGCUGCACGUUCCUCGUGUUGGACGAGUUGGACUGCAUGUUGGCGUUGGGCUUGGAGCAGCAGCUUCGCCUCAUUUUAGAAAACUUGCGACCUGAACGCCAGACCUUGAUGUGGCUCACAUCAAAAACGACAGAGGCGUCCCAAAUGGCCGAAGAGUUCAUGGAGGACUAUGUGACCGUCAACGUGGCGAGAUGA